CCGCCGAGGACCAUGGGCGGUGUGCUCCUCCCGGCGAGGGGUGCUGCGCACGGGCGGCGCCGGAGAAGGAUGGAACUGAAAUACGGAUAUACUUUGACUAAGGAGUUGGAAUAAGACUGAGUUCCGCUCUGUGAUACCGUGACCAUGAACUUGCUGUUUGGCUUCAUGCUUUAGGAACUUUUAGGAACUGUGUGAAGCUGUUGGGAAUCAUGGCAUUCUCUCCAUGGAAGCUGUCCUCUCAGAAACUUGGCUUUUUUCUGGUGACUUUUGGUUUCAUUUGGGGAAUGAUGCUUCUGCAUUUUACUAUUCAGCAGCAAACACAACAUGAAAGCAGUUCAGUCCUGCGUGAGCAAAUUUUGGAUCUCAGCAAAAGAUAUAUCAAAGCAUUAGCUGAAGAAAAUAAAAAUGUGGUUGAUGGGCCUUAUGUUGGGACAGUGACAGCAUAUGAUUUAAAGAAGACACUUGCUGUCUUGUUGGAUAAUAUCUUGCAGCGCAUUGGGAAGCUAGAGUCCAAGGUAGAAAACCUUGUGCUUAAUGGAACAGGAGCAAAUUCUACCAACAAUACUACCACUCCUGCUCCUAGUUUGGGAGCAGCUGAAAAGCUUAAUGUAGCAGAUCUCAUAAAUGGAGCCCAAGAACAGUGUGAAUUGCCUCCUAUGGAUGGUUUUCCUCACUGUGAAGGGAAAAUAAAGUGGAUGAAAGAUAUGUGGCGAUCGGAUCCCUGUUAUGCAAGUUAUGGUGUAGAUGGGUCCACAUGCUCCUUUUUUAUUUACCUCAGUGAGGUUGAAAAUUGGUGUCCUCGUUUACCUUGGAGAGCAAAAAAUCCUAAUGAAGAAACUGAUCAAAAAACAAUGGCUGAAAUUCGUAUCAACUUUGAUAAUCUCUACAAAAUGAUGUCAAGACAUGAAGAAUUCAGAUGGAUGAUGUUACGCAUCAGACGAAUGGCUGAUACCUGGAUUGAAGCGAUUAAAUCACUUGCAGAAAAACAGAGUUUGGAAAAGAGAAAACGAAAAAAGAUUCUUGUUCAUCUGGGGCUCUUGACAAAAGAAUCUGGAUUCAAGAUUGCAGAAAAUGCGUUUAGUGGUGGCCCACUUGGUGAAUUAGUCCAGUGGAGCGAUUUAAUUACAUCUCUCUACUUACUGGGCCAUGAUAUCAGGAUUUCAGCUUCACUGGCAGAGCUCAAGGAGAUUAUGAAGAAGGUUGUAGGUAACAGAUCUGGCUGCCCUACCCAGGGGGAUAAAGUUGUAGAACUCAUUUACAUUGAUAUAGUGGGACUUACACAGUUUAAGAAAACGCUUGGUCCAUCAUGGGUACAUUACCAGUGUAUGCUAAGAGUUUUGGAUUCCUUUGGAACUGAACCAGAGUUUAACCAUGCCCAUUAUGCCCAGUCAAAAGGCCACAAGACACCAUGGGGAAAGUGGAACCUUAAUCCACAGCAGUUUUAUACAAUGUUCCCUCACACUCCAGAUAACAGCUUCCUUGGAUUUGUGGUAGAGCAGCAUCUGAAUUCCAGUGACAUUAAACACAUUAAUGACAUCAAAAGGCAGAACCAAUCUCUCGUUUAUGGCAAAGUAGAUAAUUUCUGGAAGGAUAAGAAGGCUUACCUGGACAUCAUCCACACCUAUAUGGAAGUCCAUGGAACUGUUCAUGGGACAAGCACCAUUUAUAUUCCUGGCUAUGUAAAAAACCACGGCAUACUCAGUGGGCGGGAUUUGCAGUUUCUACUGAGAGAAACCAAACUGUUCGUUGGUCUCGGAUUUCCAUAUGAAGGACCAGCUCCUUUGGAGGCUAUUGCUAAUGGAUGUGCUUUUCUAAAUUUAAGAUUUAACCCACCAAAAAGUAGCAAAAACACAGAGUUUUUCAAAGGCAAACCUACACUCCGUGAGUUGACAUCUCAGCAUCCCUAUGCUGAAGUUUACAUUGGGAAGCCCCAUGUGUGGACUGUAGACAUCAACGAUCUUUCUGAAGUUGAGAAAGCUGUGAAAUCAAUUUUGAAUCAAAAGAUUGACCCUUAUUUGCCCUAUGAAUUUACAUGUGAGGGAAUGCUUCAGAGGAUGAAUGCAUUUAUUGAAAGACAGGAUUUUUGUCAUGGACAAGUGAUGUGGCCCCCAUUAAGUGCCCUUCAAGUAAAAAUUGCUGAACCUGGAAAAUCCUGUAAACAAGUUUGUCAGGAAAGCCAGCUCAUCUGUGAGCCUUCCUUCUUUCAGCAUCUCAACAAGGACAAAGCUCUACUUAGGCAUAAUAUUGAAUGUCUCACCAUGGAGUCUGCAAAUGAUAUUCUGGUCCCCUCUUUUGAUGGAAGAAGGAAGCACUGUGUUUUCCAGGGUGAUCUCUUAUUGUUCAGCUGUGCCGGAUCCCACCCCACCCACAGAAGAAUCUGCCCAUGCAGAGACUAUAUUAAGGGGCAGGUUGCGCUUUGUAAAGACUGCCUAUAGCAGCAGCAGAUCUUCUUUUGAGUUGAGGACAAAAUGUAAGUAGUUUUGCAAGGAGCUACUUAUUACUUCCUGCACUUUUGUCCAGGUUUUUCGCUGCAGGCAGAGCUAUCAUUGCUGGGCAGAAUCAUCUACUAAGAGAGGAGGGAUUCAUAACAAACAGCUAACUGAUCUUUUUUUUCCUAUAAGAACAUUUGCAGUGCAACUCUUCAGAUUCCUUCAUGUGGCUGCGAAGAGAAAAGAGUUUCAUGUCCUACAGUGAUUUGAAGAUGUCUGCACAGAACAGUUUGUAGAAACUUCCCAGACCCAUCAAACUUCUUUUUUGUUGUUGUUGUUUGGGUGAAGUGUUUUCUAUUUUUGUAAUGAGUUAGGCCAUCCCCCAUCAUGGUUAGCUAAAGGAUCUCAACUUCAUUCCAGUAGAAAAUUGAGAAAAGUGUGCUUGACAGCAGAGGUGCAGGGGCGGGAGGACAGAUGUUUUAUUCUAAGUGCACUGGUUUGGGUACUGCUUUAGUGUGAACAGCUAUGAAGUUGUUUACUUCACAAGAACUUGGACUCAUAACUCUGUACCCUGUUCUUGGGUUAGCUGGGCCCGGUUCUUUUUUUGUUGUUGUUUUCUUUUGUUUUAAUCUUUGUACACAACAAGGCAUUGUCUGCAUCAGAGCUGCUGCAUCAGAGCAGUCUAGCCCGAGAGUAUCAUGAAUGAGCAAACAAGCAGUUGCCAGCGUCUGACACAUCUCGGUGACUUGACAACUGACUACAGUUGUGGCAUUCCUCAGUGUGGAAAAGCUACACAAACAUACUGCCAUCUUGGGAAUGGACUUGUCACAGUUUACUGGUCCCAUUUAGAGAGUAAUCCUUGGAAUUUGCCCAUGCUUCUGUUAUAGUCUGUCUACUAGAAAUACUGUGUGAAGCAAAAAGUAUUCAGCACCAUUGGAGCAAUAUUAUCGUUAGAGGCUCAGUCUGCUAUGGCUUCCAGUAGUUAGUGUUGCUGAAUGACAUAGAGAGGUUAAACUAAGCUAACUAUAAUUAUUGUAUGGUAGAAAUUUAAAGUGUCUUCAUAACUAGCUAGGUUUUAAAGAGAAAUCUUUUCUGAAGAUCAAAUAAGAGGAGACAAACAACUGCUAAGAAAAGCAUUGAUCAGUCUCAUGGGUUCUUCGUUUUUCUGGUUUAGGGGGUGUUUCUGGUUUGUUGGGGGUUUUUCCUUUCUUUUUUUUUUGAGCAGGCACACCAGUUACAAAUUUAGAAUAAAGCACAAUCAUUUGUUUUAGAGCAGCAAGUUAACUCCUCUGAACCGUCAUGGUUCAUAGAGGUAAUUUUUGUUACUUUCAGCAGAAGGUGGCAUGCUUGAAGCACCAUUUGUAGUCAGCAAAUUAUAUGCUAAGAUUAGAGAGAAACAAACCUGCAGUGUAUUUUGAUAGCAGUCACAUUCUGCAGGUUUACAAUUUGGACAUGCUUUAACCAUGCAGGAAAAAAACUUUGUAUCAAUGUGAAGGGGUUUUCCAUAAAGGUCAACAAGCAUAACCAGAUAAUAAUGACAAGCGUGGAUACUUUGAAUUUUCCUUUCUUGGAUGUAUCUGGUUGGUUCAGAUUUUUCUUGUAACCAGCAUUCAUAACCUGUGUGUGAAUAUCAAUGUAUCUCUUGACCUACCAAAGACCAAGCAAGGGAAUUGCUCUUUCAUUGUGGAUAAAUUCUCCAGACAAGAGAACAGAACAGUAUAUAUAUUUAAAUUUUCAAUUUAAAAGCAUUGUAUUAGCUUUCCAAGCUUUUUCUUUCCUGUGUCAGCACUCAGUUUUCCUGUUACACCCCAUAACAUUGCUGUGGACUACACAGUAGCUUAAUCCUGAGACACUGUCGAGUAUCCAAAAAGGAUAUGUGGGAGCUGGUGAAGAGCAGGGUCACCCGUAACUGGGUUGUGAUGAUGAUAAAAUCUGCUGUAUUUUAGAGUCAUUUUCCAGAAACAGAACAGCUGGUUCUAUAAUGGGUGGCAAAUGUUUUGUAUGAAAAGAAAACAAACAAGUACAGAAAUCCUUACUUUUACCAUAGCUCAGAAUUUGCUUCUGUCAGCACAAAUGUCAUAUGCACUAGUUUUAAUACCCUGGUAAAGCUGGGGGAGGAGAAUUGGAAAUCAGUCUGAACAGGUGGAACAAUUCACUUUGUAUUUAUAUAAAGUACUCCCCACAUACCUGUGCAUAUUUGCUCAACUGGAACAUCCGGAGUAUCACAGUAUAUAUAUAUACUUGGUGCUGAAAGUAAAGGCAACAGAAGAACUUGCCUUUACCAGUUCAGCCUGAGGUUCUUCAGGCAGGAAUUUAGUUUGGAAUGAGAGAGCACCGAAGUACGUCGGGAACAAAGAGUUGUAGGUGCACGCUUAAAGAAUGCAAGACCCUUAGUUUUUGCUGUAGUGUGAUUCUUUGCUGUAAAUACCUAUAUGCUUGUUUCCCACACACACACUGUAUGGUCCACGUGGCCUACUGCAUUUUGUUUUGCCUCUAAACCUUUAAAGAUGGAAGGGUUUGUGUAUUUUUAAGAUUUUCUGGUCUAGUGCUUUGCUCAGUGCUACAUUUGCCUUUACCACAGCAGGGAGAGUCUGUUGUAAGCUGUUUUUUUUCAUGCUGUAGCACUGUUUCUAGUCUACUAAAGUGAAUUACUGUGUACUGGCAAAAAGGAAAUGGCAAGCAUCAAUGCCUCUUGGGUUUCAGCUAGGGACAGAGUAUCUAAACUGGUUUCAGAAUCAGUUUGGUCUCAUCCUGUUUCCACUGGAAUCUAUAGAGAAGACUCAUUAAUCUUAAAAAAGAAUCAAGACCUGUAAUUUGAUAUGGCUCUAAUAAUAAUUUUAAACUCUCUUUUCAGAAAAAGUGUUACUUUUCUGAAGACAGCUUCAGUCGAAAUUUCUGUAAUAGGAUAGGAUACUAUCCUAUGAGAACUGUAAGCACAUAAACUUUGUAAGCAGUACUGGCUAAGCCUGAUACAGCAGUCCCCCAUCACACACCGCAGUGUUUGUUCACACAUUGAUAAGCACUCGGGCAUAUCCAUGUCAGACUAUAUAAAAGUUUGAAUAAUUUACUAAACUGCAUAAUAUAUAUCUGCAUUUCGGGAUAGAGGGCAGCCUCCUGUCUGAGUUCGGUAACUAUUUUCCUUCCUAAUUAAAGAAUUAGGUAUAGUCCAAUUCUUGCACUUAAGAAUAUUAGAGAUGGGACUGUGCUGCUGUUUUUCAGUCAGACAGUAAAGCUUGCAGCUUCCUUUCCUCAGAAAUCAGGUUCUUGCAUGACUUUUAUUUGAAUAUAUUGGUCGGUGAUUGAGGGGAAGAAAAAGUCAAAAGUUGAAUAUAAAACCAUUUUCCAAGCUUUUAAACAUAUCUCUCAUAUCAAGACAUUCUUUGUUUUAAAAUUUUGUAUUUUUGUAUGUGACCUGAGUUGUUCUCAAAAAUCUUGUUCCUAUGAGAUUAGAAAACUUGAGAGAAGCAUUUACAUAUUUAUUAAAAUUAACAGAAAAGGCUUGCCUUUGAAAGGUAAAGUUGGUAAAUACACACUGUUUGAAAAUGCCAAUAAAAACCUCAUUUAUUUCAUAUAUGCAAGUUGAUUUGCACAUGUAUAAAUAGAGUUGCUUUUUGCAUUUUUUUGCUUAGUUUCUAUGUUUCUUUUUAUAAUGUAUAGUUGCAGCAGUGUGUUUGCUUGUUUGUAUCAGAUUAUGUUUCUUCUACAAAUAUUUAAUGUUUAUGUGCCUUUUACUUUCUUCGGAGUUUGGAUGAGUGUUUGGAAUACAGAUGCUGUCUGAACAAGUAUAAUGGAACACUAAUGACAGGUAAAAAUAGUGCUUGAUGACUUUACAACUUAAUGGUAUGAAUUCAGAAUGUUUAUAAGUAGCGGAGAAAUCUGUUCUAGAAGCAUAAGGUAAGGGUUAAUAAGAUAAAAGAUAGUACAACUUUAUUAAUCCUCGCUAAACAUUGCUUCAGCAAGGAGAAGUCCCUUUACUAUGUAAUUUGACAUGAGCUCCUGCUGGGAUGGGUUGUCUGUUUAAUGACCAGAGCAAGCUAAAGCUAUUACAUUCCCCGAGGAGACACUGCUAACAGAAAACAUCUAGAAACAGACAUAUCUGAUUUGAUCAGAAGGAAAAUUGAUGAUCUACAUUAAAGUGCUCGAGGUAUUGGGUUUUUGGAUAAAGACAUGGAAGUGCAUGGGGCAAUUCCUGGUGCUACCAGAAUACAGUCGUUUUGUGAUACAGCUCUUAGUGCAGAGGGAACUCUGGAUAUUCCGCUUGUUGCAGAUGGUUUUCUUUUUAAUGCUACUACUUUUCUGCAAGAAGACUGUUUUGUACAGUAAUUGCUGCUCAGGUUUCAGCUGGAGGCUGUAGAGACCCAGGACUCAGUGUCUUUCUCACUCAGCUUUGCUCCCAACUACCUGUGCCAGCUUUUGUAACUUGCUUGGUGACGAGCAUUCAGAAUUGCUGAGAGUUCCUGUUGGCAUCAGCCACAGAUCAUGUUGUUAGCUGAUGGCUUCUCUCCUCACUUAAUCACACUGUACUACUGUCCUUUAUAAUGCUAGUCAAAGUCCUUGGUUUAUCCUUGACAGCUUUCCUUCCCUCACAAAAGUGAGUGGCCCAUCUAAAUUACAAAGAUGAUUUAUGAGUGUGCAGUGCUUCUCAUGUAAACAAAAUCUAAAUUGCUUUCUCAGGUGUUUGUUCUGCUCAUGGUGCAUUUCAGGACCAGAUUUUGCUAGUAAGAUAAAUUAAAUGGCAUGGAUCAGGCUGGAUAGAAUCUCAUCCAGGUGUAAUUAACUUCAUGACUCCCACUGGUGGCUUCAGUGAUAGCAGAACUCCUCCGUUAAUUUUUCUUCAAAUUAAAAAAGCAUCUCUCCCUUUUUAAUACAAAGCAGUGUAUCUUACAAGACCAAAUACUUGCAGUUUCUGUUGUUUGCAUAUCAGCAGCCAGCUUUGUUUGCUGUUGCAGCAUGUGUCAUUUCUGACUAAGUUGAUGUUACUUACUGUUAAAGUAUCAGGUGAAAGCCUGCUUCAAUAGCUGUUCAGUGCACAGUUUGGAGUUGGGGGGUGGGUGUUUGUUGUUCGUGGUAGUUGUUUUAUUUGUUUGAAGAGCCUUUCCAAUUUCACAGGCUGUUUUCUGAGGGUGCUAACGUUUUGGCAUGGCUAUUUCUUUGGGAUGUUCAUGCUACAGCUGCUAUGCCUUCAACUUUUUGACUUGUGAUCUCUUUUCAUAUGUAGUUUUCCUGUGGUCCCAGUUUCUGAGAUUGCUGUAAAGUCGAGGGGAGUAACACCCUGACAGGCAUAUGCUUUUGUUCAGGCUGAAAAGGCCAGGGACAGACACGACUGCAUUGAGAUACGCUUUAAUAAUAUUGCUGUAAAUGUAACAUCGAAACAUGCCAGUUUAUGGGCAGUGACUUAAAUCCCAUCUUCAUAUUUUUAAGCAGAUCUAGAGGGUUUUUUAAAACGAGUUUGUAAUUUCCGAUUAUAUUCAAAUGGAAUGUGUAAAGACCAGACUCCAGUGUGAAAUAUUUACUGUGGGUGUGUGUUGAAAAUACUAGCAGCUGAACCCCAGAAUGCCUCAGGUGGGAGGCAUCAUUUAUGUUCUUUCUUCCAGGAAAAACAACAAAGUGCAACUGUUGCCAAUGUAUCUUGUAAGCGUAAUCCUUUGCAUAUUCAUAUAGUUCUGACCAUACAGUAGCAUGUUCUAGUUCAGCAGACCUCUCUCAACAUCACCGAGCCAUUUGUGUAUUAAAUGGGUCGAUAAAAUCAGGUCCUCAAAGUUUCAAUAAAAUGAGUAGUAACUCCACCUUCCACACACAGAAACUCCUUUAGGGAAAUUCAAGGAACACCCUUCUCUCUGGGGGGUCCAGCGCAGGUGCCAUUUACCUUUCAUGGACAGUUUAUGGGAGCAGAAUUUGUCACCUUGUGCAGGGACUCACACAGCUGAAGCACCACAGACUUGCUGUUCUCACAUUUUACAGCAUAACAUGUGGCUCCUCUUCUGUAUGGGAAAAUCCAUCUGUAUUGCACUGUGCUGUCAUGCCUGCAAAUACCAGCCCUUGGCCAGUGCUGCUCCAAUCAGGGUCAGCUUGGUCCUGCAGGAGCCAGCAAACUCUUUGGCUUUAAGGAGAGCAUGUAAAUAAGGCUAUGGCAUUUACGGAGCCAUCCAUGCACUUGGCAAAAGGCAUGCAACACAUCCUGGCUUGGAUUCCAGCAGCUGCAAAGUAGUUCAAGGUAUCAAAUAGGAACACAAUAAAUCAAGUUAAAUUGCUAUGUGAAGGCAGUUAAUUUUAAUAGGGUUAUACCCAGAACUAAUUUGUUACAUUCAUUAAUGAGUCUGUUGCAGUAGAGUGACAGCAAAGACCUUUUUUAAGAGGCUGUGGGUUUGUUUUUUGCAGAGGAUUACAGCAGAGGAGGAGGAAAUGGCAGGUUUUACCAAAGGAAAAAAUGUGUAAUUUUCAUCAGAAAAGUUACCCUGAAGAUUCUAAGAGAGCUACAAGAAAAAUAUAUGGGAAUAUUUGCAAAGCUAACUUGAGCCUGGAGAAGUUGAUCCCCCUGAGGUUGCUCAGCUGAGGGCUGCAGAGGGAAGGAGAAGGGCAGAGGAGAGUUUGGGGCAGCUCUUUCUGCUCUGGAUCAUUCCCUGGAGGAAACUGGUGAAGGGGUCAGAAUCUGAAUAAUGUCUGCAGCACUGUAAAUUAGGGGGAAAAAAACAAACCAACUACUGAAAUCUGUAAAAUAUAAAAGAUUGCUGCUUUUUGCACAUGAUGAUCUAGAGACGGAGUUUUUAUACGUACAUGAGAACUUCAGGAUCAGGCCGGUGCUAUAUGUGUUUGGUUUGAGUUCUCUCCUGAAAGGUCGAUUCUGUGUUUUAUUUAAAUGGUGGUGUUCCAGUAUAUUACGUUCAAGCAGUUUAAUUCAGAAAGAACAGAACACAGUGGUUCAGAUACCAUGGUGUUCCUGGGGUUCAAUAGGAUGGGAAGGUUUUAAUUUACUUUUUUUUCUAGAAGAGUAAAUGUCUGUACUUUAAUGGCAUAGAAAAAUGCUUUGUUUUCACUGUUGUAGAAAAAAAACUAGGGAGAACUUUAUUUUUCAAUAAACCUUUUUCUUGUGUGA